UGUGUGAGAUAAUUAGUUCUCAGACCUCUGUAAACAACGCAGAUCAUUUAAAGUUGUCAUGAAAGAACUAAUGAACUAUUAAUGAAUUUCUUUUCGUCAAACAAAAAACACUGUUUUGUUGUAACUUAUUUACCUAAAAUUACUUUGUAGAACACUAAAACUUACAAGAAUGCCGGAAAAGAGAAGGACAUCAGUUGUUCAUCCGAUCACUGAUUUUCCUACUUGUGAUAAGUGCCCGAAAAAUGAACCAACAUUUUUUGAUCCAGAUUGUGAAGGUUGUAUGGAGAUUUUAUCAAAGGAGGACACAUCCAUAUCCGAAAUAUUCGCUAUCGUGAGACAAUGGGUACCGCAAGUGCAAAAAAAUUUGGAAAAAUUUGUUCACGAGAUAACACGACGUGGUGGAGGUAUCAAUGACCGCGAUGGUUUAACUGACAUGACGUUACUUCAUUAUGCUUGUAAAUCUGGAUCUGUGGGUAUUGGUGAUGUUGAUAAUGCAACUGCUUUGGUUACUGAACUCAUUUCUCAGGGAGCAGAUCCUUCUAUAAGAUGUCGAUGGACGGACAUGCUUCCCAUACAUUAUGCCGCUUUCUUUAACUGUGCGCCCGUGAUCAGAGUACUGUUAAAAGCCAGCGGUGGUAGAGAUAUUGACGCCACUAGUUCUGGGUUUGAUAAUGGAACAAUACUUCAUAUAGCCGCGAGCAAUCUGUGUUUGGACUCUGCCAAGUGUUUGCUGCAACAUGGCGCCAAUGCAUUUGUCAAAGAUGAUCAGAAUAGAACAGCAUUAAAUACAAUCCCAGAAGCAAAUACUUUUGAGCGUUCUUCGCCAUCGUUAGUUAUUGCCAACAAACUAAGAAGAUUACUAAAUGAGGCCGAGACAAGUGGUAGUGAAUCAGGGAUGGAGUCAGCUACAGAUUCAUCUGUAAAUAUGUCGGAUAUAAUUGGAUUGAAAAUUGGUGAUCACGUUAUAGUUGGUGGCACUAAGAUGGGUAUAUUACGAUACUGUGGCAGUACAGAUUUCGCUAAAGGUCAGUGGGCUGGAGUUGAACUCAACGAUCCAGUUGGAAAGAACGAUGGAUCAGUAGGCGAAAACUACUUUCACUGUAAACCAAAACACGGAUUAUUUUGUCCUGUUUCUAAAAUCUCCAUACCGAAACCACAUAAUCAUGCGAUAAAAACACGACCUAACUCUGUUAAACUUAACACGAGCCUCACACGUAUCGUACCUUCCAAACGUUCGACAAGUGGUUCGUUACCAGGCUCUCGUUCUUCUUCCCGGUCACCUUCACCUCAACCUACACAGAAAACAGAGGAAAACACGAACAUCAAGGUCGGGGAUAGACUUGUUAUGUUGAAUGAUAACAGGAGAAGAGGUAUCACUAGAUAUGUUGGUGAAACACAGUUUUCAUCCGGUCUUUGGAUAGGAGUAGAGUUGGACACAAGUAUGGGCAAAAACGAUGGUUCAGUAAACGGCAUUCGAUAUUUUUGUUGUAAACCCAAUCAUGGCAUCUUUGCUCAUCCCUCCAAAUUCGUGAUCGAGAAAGAUGUGCAAGAACGACCGUCAUUAGCAAAAUCAAAGGACAUUAGUAUCUCAGAUGAUGCAAUCAACCAACCUCAACAGACUGUUAACGACGAUAGUGGGAUAAACAGAGAUAAAACGAAAAGUAGAUUAAGUUUAUUGAAUAGACGUCUAUCCAACUCGGUUCCUGAUCUCACUCAGAAGCGCCAUAAACAAUUACAUUCCCGUCGGGAAAGUGGUAUACCUAGAUUCAAACGUACGGCUACCAAGAAGAACAAUUCAGACAGUGAAAACGUCAGUAAAAAUUCAUCAUAGCGAGAAGAGUUUUCGUGAACAGUUUUUACUCUCGACAAUAUGUCUCUUCAUGAUAGAUUUCUUAAGUGACAUCUUCAACUCUUUAUGAAAUCAUUUUAUUGAGUAUAAGACAUCAAAAAUCUUGUUUCCAAAACCAUGUUAUAAUAUUGAAUGAUAUUAGGGCUUUGAAAUCGAGACUUUCGAUAGAAGAAGAUUGAUUUCAGUAAAGAUUUUUACAUGUAAUGAUCAAAGCUAAACGAGAGUGCGACCUGUAUAUUUCACCCUAAAUCAUGUCAUUAGAUUAAAUAACUUAAUGUAUACUUUA